AUGGAGGCGGCGGGCGCUCAGCUCCAGCCCGCGGCCGGGGGCGGCGGGGCGGCGGCCUGCCCCCGCGCGCACCGCCUCUCCCCCGCGCCGCCUCCGCAGGCCAAGAUCGUCAGUCGCAACGUGAACGGCACGCUGGUGGUGACGUCAGCGCCGGCCAACGAGGCGGAGCUGCAGCUGUACAGGGUGAUGCAGCGCGCGAGCCUGCUCGCCUACUACGACACCCUGCUGGAGAUGGGCGGGGACGACGUGCAGCAGCUGUGCGACGCGGGCGAGGAGGAGUUCCUGGAGAUCAUGGCGCUCGUGGGCAUGGCCUCCAAGCCCCUGCACGUGCGGCGCCUGCAGAAGGCCCUCCAGGAGUGGGUCAGCAACCCAGCCAUGUUCCAGAUCCCGCUGGUGUCGACGCUGGGAGGCGGUCCGGUGGCCUUCCCGCCCUGCCCCCGGCUGCUGGCGCUGUCGCCGCAGCCCCCGGGACUCGGCCCCGGCCCCAACAACCACCACCAGCCGCCAGGCCCGCCGCCGCAGCAGCAGCCGCAGCAGCAGCAGCAGCAGCAGCAGCAGCAGCAGCAGCAGCAGCAGCAGCAGCAGCAGGCGGCCAGCCCCCACGCCGGCCUGUCGUCGUCGCCGCCGCACUCCCAGGAGGGCGGCGCGGCGGGGUCCAGCGGCAGCCCCGGCUCCCCCGUGCAGCUCACCCCCCUGCUCCUGGAGUCGCAGGUCGCGCGCAUCGCGGAGGCCGCCGACCGCCUGGUGCGCGCGCUGCCCCAGUUCGAGCCGCGGCCGCACAACGCCAAGAAGAAGGUGUGCAAGGACCUGGAGCUGGUGGUCAACAUGGCCGACGACGACCCGCGCCGCAUGGACGAGAUCCGCAAGUACGCCGCCAUCUACGGCCGCUUCGACUGCAAGCGGAAGCCGGAGAAGCCUCUCACGCUGCACGAGGUGUCGGUGAACGAGGCGGCGGCACAGCUGUGCAGGUUCUGCCCCGCGCUGCUGACCCGCCGCGACGAGCUGUUCCCGUUGGCUCGCCAGGUGGUGCGCGACUGCGGCUACCCCUACUUCAAGGGCCACUCCAGCGCGCCGGGCUGGCCGCGCGCCCAGCAGCGCUGCCACAACGGCGACGACCACUCGGGCGCCAAGCGGCAGCGCCUGUCGCCUCCGCCCGGGGACUUCCCCGACGCUGAGCUGCAGCUCCGGGGCUCCGGGAGGCAGGAGCGGCUGGGGCGGAUCGCGGAGGAGCUGCGCGCCGUGUCGGAGCGCACGCAGGAGCUGGUGCUGACGGCGCAGCACGUGCGCCGGGAGGGGGACUUCCCCGCGCUGCACUCCCUGCAGCAGCAGAUGGAGCAGCUGCAGAACAGGCAGACGCAGCUGCUGCUGGAGCAGGGCGAGCUGCUCAAGCAGUCCAGGUACUACCGGCGCUCCGGGGGCCAGGCACCGGCCGGCGCAGACGGCGAGCGGCCGGACACGGACGACACCGACUCCCAGUUCUCCUUCAGCAACGCCAGCUCCCCGUCCCAGGAGGUCGGCGACUCGCGAGACGGCCUGGCGGCGAGAGAGCCCGACACGUCGGCGACCCCGGAGACCAGGACGCCCUGCAAGAUCUCCAAACAGGUCGGAGUGGUUGCGCUGAGAGACGCUGUGUGCUCCCAGUCUGUGCAGGACACUCUCCUCGACGAAGGACUGCGAGUGGUGAAGGAGCUGGUCGGCAAGGGCUGCCACGCGGAUCCCCUCCAGGACAACAAAGUGCAGGUGAUAGCCUCUGGCGGAGGCGGGAACAUCAUCGCGGUGGCCAACCCAGCGUUGUCGAUGUCACCGGCGCUGCCUGACCCCACCAACCACAAGCUGCCCCUGACGCGGUCGCACGGCGCCGUGACGAUGAAGCAGGAGCCCCCCUCCCCGCCCGAGAGCACGCCCGCCACGGACUGAGGGCCACGCGGUGCCUCGGGCCCAGUGCACUCCCUCCAGGGGAGUUCUUCACGACCUUCGUCAAUACAAUAGCAUCGGGAUCUUUGUGGUUCUUCACGAUCUUCGUCGACAAGAUGGCAUCUAGAGCUUCGUUGUUCUUCAAGACCUUCAUCGACACUAUGGCAUAUGGAUCUUCAUUGUUCUUCACGACAGUCAUCUAUACAGCAUCUGGAUCUUAAUUGUUCUUCACAACCAUCAUCUAUACAGCAUCUGGAUCAUCAUUGUUUUUCACAACCAUCAUCUAUACGGCAUCUGGAUCAUCAUUGUUCUUCACGACAGUCAUCUAUACAGAAUCUGGAUCUUCAUUGUUCUUCACAACCAUCAUCUAUACAGCAUCUGGAUCUUCAUUGUUCUUCAUGGCCUUUAACGACACAAUGGCAUCUGGAUCUUCAUUAUUCUUCACGAAAUUCAUAUCAACACAAUGCCAUUGUUCUUCAUGAAAUUCAUCGACAUGGUCUUCUCCAAUCUUCACAACUUUUUUGAGAUUUUGUCUAACCUAUAAAGAUGGCAGAAAAACUUAAUGUUUAUAAUUUUGACAAGCAAUUAAGUUUUCGUUCACUCAUGAAUUAAAUUUUAACUCUUACCAUAUAUAUAUAUAUAUAUACAUACACACACAC